UCUAGCAUGUAAAAAAAUCCGAAUGGUGCCGAAGUGUGACGUGUCCAAGAAAAACCAAAAUAAAUAAAAAUGGGUAAUUUGCCCCUUUUAAGCCUAUUUUUAGUUUGUACAUUAUUCGGCUUUGGCCAUAGUUUAUAUUUCCACAUUGGUGAGACAGAGCGAAAAUGUUUCAUUGAAGAAAUUCCCGAUGAAACGAACGUCAUAGUCAAUUACAAAGUGGAGCUUUAUGACCCCCGAAGUGGUGGGUUCAUGCCGUCAUCUCCAGGGAUCGGCAUGCAUGUGGAAGUUCGCGAUCCAGAUGACAAAAUCCUCUUGUCAAGAGUGUACAGCUCUGAAGGAAAAAUCUCAUUUACUUCACAUACGCCUGGAGAGCAUGUCAUUUGCAUGUAUUCAAACAGCUCAGCUUGGUUUAGUGGGUCUCAAUUGAGGGUCCAUCUGGAUAUCCAAGUUGGAGAACAUGCUGUCAACUAUGGUGAGGUUGUGCAAAAGGAAAAGUUGUCUGAAUUGCAAUUGAGAGUUAGGCAAUUGUUGGAUCAAGUUGAACAGAUCACAAAAGAACAGAAUUAUCAAAGGUACAGAGAAGAGCGCUUCCGCCAAACCAGUGAAAGCACAAAUUCUAGAGUUUUAUGGUGGUCUGUCACACAAACUGCAGUGUUAUUGGCAAUGGGGGCGUGGCAAAUGAAACAUCUAAAGAGUUUCUUUGAGGCGAAAAAACUUGUAUAAAGUUGUGUAAUUUAUUAAACAUUUCUUUAUUACA